AUCCGAACCAAACUACAAAAAGUGGAGUAAACUUUUUCGUCUACUUGCUCUUCGCUUCAAUCUCAUGGGAUUUCUCGACGGCACCACUAUUGCCGCCUCCUCCGACGACGUUGAAUGGCUCCAGUUCGAUGCCCUCCUUCAAGGGUGGAUUCUCUCCACUAUCACUGACGAGGUUUCAGAUCUUGUUCUCGCCAACAGCCCCUCCGCUCAUUCCCUCUGGACAGCGAUCUACAAAUUAUUUCAUGACAACAAACAUGCUCGGGCGAUGCAAUUGGAGCAUCGUUUUCGCACAACCGUCAAGGGCAACCGGACGAUCAAUGAAUAUUGUCAUCUCCUCAAAAAUCUUGCUGACUAUCUCGAUGAUGUGGAUGCUCCGGUGACCGAACAUGCCUUGGUUUUACAGGUUCUUCAGGGGUUGCCGCAAGACAUACAAGGCCAGGUCACUUUUCUUCAGUAUCAGACUCCUUUUCCGACUUUUUUGGAGGUCCGUUCGGCCCUAUUGCUCGUCGAACAACAACAAACCGACGCCACCCAUGGCACCGGCUCAUCGACGACACUCCUCAGCACUGGCAGUGGCGGCGGGUCUCCAGCGGCGGGCGGACAGCAGCUGCAGGCAGGGGUCCUGGGCGCGGCUAUGGUAGUCAAUCUCGACCCUUCAACAGUGGAAACCGCGGACGGGGACGUGGCCGUGGUCGUGGCGGCUCGAAUCAGCGACAACCCAUUGUUAAGAAGUGGUUUGGAGACCACAAGGGUAAGUGUUGAAAUUAAUUUGGAGAAUCAGGUCAGUUUAUCUGAGGUUGCUACUUCUUUUGAUUCUGAAUUAGAAUCUGAAACUGAGGUAAUUGUUUCUCCUUUCCAAUCACAUAAUAACAUGGUAACUUUAAGGGAACUAGCUGCACCUGACCUUCAGACCCAGCCCAUGUCCAUUACAUAUGCUGUUUUGGAAAAACCAUUGAAAUUAAACUCUGGAUUUUUGAAUAUGCUUCCCAAGUUUCAUGGCCUGCCUGGUGAAGACCCUUAUAGACAUGUUAAUGAGUUCCUCAUAACAUGUGCAGCCAUGGAACUUGAAGGAGUUCCUCAAGAGCAAAUCAGACUUAGGGCCUUUCCCUUUUCAGUGAUGGAUAGAGCAAAAGAUUGGCUGUACUAUAUGCCUCCAGGGUCUUUUACAACCUGGCCAUCACUGCAUAGGGCAUUCUUAGAGGAGUUCUUCCCUGCCUCUAGAAUAGGAUCUAUUAAAAAGGAUAUCUGUGGGAUAAAACAACUGGGGAAUGAAUCAUUUUCUGAAUAUUAGAAGAGAUUCAAUAAACUCUGUACUAGUUG